GUGCCUCACCAAAACACAGGACUCUCAGGAUCCAGAUAGCAUUGAGCUAAAGGAGCGGCAGGGGUGUCAAACUGCGUUCAUUCUACAGUGAAGAUGCCCCCUUGGAGGGAAGGGCGCUCCUUCUCCUCCCAGUGACGCAGGACACCUGGCCCUUGCCUCCUCCUGUCGCCCAAAGAGACGGUCGCGAACAGCAUCGCCCUUCCUCCUCCAUCCUUCCUCAUUGCCAAAGUUAGACAACUUCUUCUUUCUGUGCCCAGCCAUGCUGCACUGGGGCUACGAGGAGGACAACGGACCCUCUCAUUGGAAGGAGGUUUUUCCCCUUGCUAAUGGAGACCGUCAAUCUCCCAUUGAUAUCAAAACUCAGGAGGCCAAGUACGACCCCACCCUGCGUCCUCUCUACCCUCGCUAUGAUCCUUCAUCUGCCAAAGUCAUCCUCAACAAUGGUCAUUCCACCAGUGUGGAGUUUGAUGACACUGAAAACAAAUCAGUGCUGUGUGGGGGUCCACUCAUGGGAAAUUAUAGGCUGCGCCAAAUUCACUUUCAUUGGGGAUCCAGCGAUGACAUUGGCUCUGAGCAUGCAGUGGACGGAACAAAAUUCGCUGCAGAGCUUCAUGUGGUGCAUUGGAAUGCAGACAAAUAUGCCUCAUUUGUGGAGGCUGCUUGUGAGGCAGAUGGAUUAGCAGUCAUGGCUGUUUUCUUAAAGCUCGGUGAAUGCAAUCCACAACUGCAGAAAAUAACAGACUUUUUGGAUGCAAUUAAAGCCAAGGGCAAACAGCACAGGUUCACCAACUUUGAUCCUUCCUGUCUGCUUCCCCGUUCUCUGGACUACUGGACUUACCUUGGAUCUCUCACAACUCCUCCUCUUCUUGAAAGUGUCAUCUGGAUCAUACUCAAAGAGCCUAUAAAUGUUUGCUCUGAACAGCUGUCCAAAUUUCGCAACCUUCUCUGCACCGGAGAGGGAGAGGCUGCCUGCUGCCUGCUGAAAAAUUUCAGACCACCACAGCCGUUAAGGGGACGCGAAGUGAGAAGAAAUUAAAGGGGAGGACAAGAAAAUUCACAGCAAUAGUUGAGAUUAUUCAGAAAGCAAAUCUCACAUUAUCUUAUUUCUAAAAAGAAAAAAAAAUGACACAUUUUAAUUUAGGAAAUGAUCCAGUCGAUCUUAAGCAUUUAAAGUCCUUUCAAGGAAUUUUAAAAGAGAGAUUUUAGGAGACGUUUAUAUAUCUCAUUGAAUCCGAUAGGGCAUAAAAUGCUUAAGAUUUUUUAGACUGUGACCCUAUUUUUUAUUACGUAAGUUAAUAUAUUUUGCCCAGCUGUUUGUUUCACUUACUUCAGUUACUUUGCAAUUUAAUUAUAGUGGAUAGGAAGUUAUUAUUUAAGACAAAGAAUAGAACUGGUUAGAAUUAAUUCAAGGUAAGAUGGAUACAUUAUAUUGUUUUGGAUUAAGAAAGAGCCACUUACAGUAAAAAUAGAUGUGGUUCUGAGUUGGCACCAUUGAAGCAAUAUUGUGUUUAGCUGAGUUAGCUUUCACACCCUACAGAAGGCCCUGUAGCAUGUUUGAUAUGAUGGCAACAUUAUAUCUGGAUUGGAUCAGUAUCAGUAUGGGAUAAGACUUCACUAUCUGUUCGGAUCCCUUUCAUCUUGUCUAGGGCCAGAACCUAGGAUUAUCAUUUUUGGAUUACAAUUCCCAUAAUUCUCUAACUUUGACAAUGCCAUGCAGGAUACGUAUAUGGGGAGAUGUAAUCCAAAAAAGACCAUUGCAAGCUUUUGUUGGGACUGUAGCUGAUUUUCUGGAAAAUUAUACUUUUCAUCAGCCUAUGGUUCCAUAAAUCUUUGUCUUCUCAGAAACAUGACAUAUCUGGGCAUUCUUUGAAGGAAAUUAAAACCAUUCAGUUAAAUCAUUCAAGCUCUUAUAGUGGGAUUCAACAAAUGUAAAUCUCAUAUUUCUUUUAAAGUUAUCAUGCCAAAUGUUCUCAGUCCUCUCCGGGUAUUUUACUUAUUUUUGGAAGGAAAAUUGUCAAGUUGUUUUCCCAACCUUCUUGUCAAUAGGCCAUAUCUAGUCGUCAGUGUGAUUUAAGUGUGAUUUAGAUAGUGGAAUUAUUAAGAAUGUAUAUAUUCCUCACAGUAUGCCUUUUCCACGUAAUUCCUAUUUAGUUGUGCCUUCUUGAAAUCAAUAAAAUCAAAUCUAGAUACUUUGAGAAAAUAAAGAAUCUUGAAGGAGCAGUGGUUUUGAGAGUCAGUAACUGCACUUUACCAGUAGAGAUGUUUUAGACUGGAUCUACACUGCUAUAUAAUCCAGUUUCAGAAUGCAGAUUAAAAUAUGGCAGUGUAGAACCCUUAGUUCCUUGGGUUGAAACAAGAACUCAUCAAAAAGAAAGUGAAGUCCUAGUUACACAUGAUCAGGUAUUGUGUGGAUGCUGCGAACCCAGGUCAUCUUGGCAACGUGUAUCUGAAAAUGUGGCAUGACCGUCAGAUUAGUUUUUUACAACCCAACCCAUCCUUUACAACUCAAAAUGAGUAAAGUGGACAACUAGUUGUGAGAGACUGGCAAUGGAAAUCUAAUGACUUGCGAAUCUUUUUCUCUUAUUCUUAUUAUCGGAGACAUGGAUUCAUCAUAUCCACAUACCCUACCUGCAGCAAGAAAUUGGGAAAAUAAGCCUAAAGUUACAGUGUACAUAGAAUGUGUACAUGAAAGAUGGGAUUAAUGAUGGUUUGGAUGUGACACAUUUUCAUUUCUAAUCUAGAAUUCUGCCUAAAUCACCUGUAAAGGAUUCUAUAAGAAGAUACUUGCAUCAGAGCAGGAAGCAGUAUGGGUGAGGUUAUUAUAUCUUUUCAUGUUUGAUGGUAAUGGAGUAGGGAGAAUAGACCCCAACAUUUCUAAUGUAAUAAGCAAUAAACUGAUAUUUUGCCUCUGGUUUCUUAUUUAUGAAUUAUAUAAAAUAAAAACAAGUUAUAAUCUA